AUGAUUUCAGCCAACCCAGAAGCUCCCAAGCUCAAGUUUGAGCCCAUGAAGUACGGCGGUUCACUCGACCACCUCGAAUAUGUGGAUGUUACCCCUAUCAUUGGCCGUGAGUACACCAAGGCCAGGAUAAGGGACAUCCUGCAUGCCGACAAUUCUGAGGAGCAACUUCGUGAUCUUGCUGUGAUCAUCAGCGAGCGUGGAGUUGUCUUCUUCAGGGCAAACCAGGAUGACUUGUCCGUCGAUGAUUUAAAGAAGUUUACAGACUUGGUUGGCAAACUAAGUGGGAGGCCCAAGGAAAACGGUCUCCAUGUCCACCCUCUCUACCGCGACCCCGGCAACAUCCCAAUGGGCAAUGGCGAGACUGAUGAAAACAUAUACGUGAUCAAUUCCGAGGCGGCAAAAGCUCUGUAUAAGACUAUGGCUGGAAAGGGGUCCAAGGAACCCAAAGAUCUUCGAAGAGAGUGGCAUAGCGAUGCAACCUUUGAAGAGUGCCCCUCGGACUUCAGCUGCCUGAUGAUGGAAGAGACUCCAGCCAGUGGAGGGGAUACCCUUUGGUGCUCGGGCUACGAGAUUUAUGACCGCAUCUCCCCCCCAAUGCGGGAAUUCCUCGACGGUCUCACUGCCACCUGUGCACAGCCCGUCUUCAAAUCUGCCUGCACUGCUGGAAACUACGACGUCAUGUCCCCCCGCGGCUCUCCACUCAAUGUUGGUGACAAGUUCGCUCCCGUUCACCCCGUCAUUCGCACGAAUCGCCAAACUGGCUGGAAGAGCGUAUUCGCAGGCGUAGGUUUGCAUGUGACCCAAAUCAACGGUCUCUACGACUAUGAAGACAAGAUGAUCCGCGACUAUAUCAUGCGUCUGAUUACGCAAAACCACGACUGCAUUGCCCGCAUGCACUGGACCAAGGGAGCAGCUGCAAUCUGGAACAAUUCUUGCGUUUGGCACGCGGCUACGCCCGAUACCCAUUUGGUUGCCGACGGAGUGCGAACCGGGAUUCGCGCUUCAUCUAUCGGCGAGACGCCAUACCUAGACCCAGCGUCUACUUCACGGAGGGAGGCUCUGGGCAUCCCAAAUUAG